AAACAGUUCAAAGUCACUUCAAGUGUACAAUAAACAUCGUUUGUAUGCAUUACAAUAAGCGAGCCCAGAGCAGGUAUUCAUCAAAUCGAUGUUUUGUAACACACAUGUAUCGUGGACAUGAAUCGAUCUGCGUUUUCAAUCGUCUAUCGAGCGAAAAACCAGGAAAAUGUUUUAAGUGACACACAAUGGAUCGGUCGGUCAGUAGCGAUGGACAGCGCAAUGUUCACAUGUGACGUGCAGGAUAGACAUAGGAGGUAGUUACCCCCUUCAAAGUGGUGAUAGUUAUGGAUAACUAUGCGUAUCAGCCGGAUGUGGGGGGUGGGGGAAAUCCGGAUGGUCCAUUUGUUAUCACAAGAUAUGCGAGUAGGACAACCAAUCCAAACGACUACUUAGUAGAAGUAAGCUCCAGAGGCAAAGUAUUAAAAAAGCCAGGAUUCUACAGGACGCUUUCCGUCAUUUUCUUAACUGUAGCAAUAAUUCUGUUGAUAUGUUUGAUAGUUGUAAUUGUAUUAUCUCCAGAUGAUGAUGGCUUAGACCAUCGAAAGCUCGAGUUCAAGUUGUAAGAGUGUACUUAUGCAAAACUUUGCCUUCUACCCAAAGAAAUUCAAGAAGAAAUAUAUAUUUAUAUAUUUCUCGUCAAAAAAACUUAUUUUAGUACCCUGAAUCCUGAUAAAAGCGAUAUAGGCCAUAUCUGCAAAAGCAGCUUUCAUCACUUUUAGUUUACAUAGUCAACAGUGCUUAAGCUGCAGCAAUGCAUGCCUAGGACUUUUUCUUGUCGUGCAUACCUUCUGGGUACUUCUAGGGGUUGUUCAACGAAUUAUGGCCAGAUGUCGCGUUGAUCCAUCGCAAGCCCCACCUAUGCACAUCAGACGAGUGUCUGCGUACAGCCUCGAACCUCAAGUACUCGAUGGAUCUGUCCGUGGAUCCAUGCGAGAAUUUCUACGAAUACACAUGUGGUAAAUGGGGUGAAGAGCAUCCUAACCACGGCUGGUGGAGCACGUUCUCCAGUUUCACCACCAUCGCAGAACGAGUAGCUAUCGCCUCUUUGAAUGUGCUUACGUCUGAUGAGGACGUUGAUGGUCAGCCUGAGGCGUUGAACAAAAGCAGAGAGUUCUAUCAGUCUUGUACAGAUCAAGAGACUGCAGACGAACUUGGUCUCACUCCAAUUUACCCUUACUUAAAAAAGUCAAACUUACCUCUGAUACCAAAUUACAUCACCCUAAGCCAGGAAGAAAGAGACGCAUAUGUUUUCGAUUGGGUUCAAUCGGAAACCAACAUCAAACGCAUCUUUAUGAUGGACGUAUUUAUUGGUGUUGACGUUGGAGCUAAUGUGUAUAAUGGAACUGAAAAUGUAAUUUACGUUGGUGUUAUCUUCCAAACCUGUCCAUUGCCAAGCCCUGUUCAGAAAAAGAGGUCGAAGAACAGCAUAAGAAGAAAAACACGAAGUGAAGGCAGCAGUGUUCAUGACACUUUAGAAGAGGAGGCAAACAGAAACGUUAUUAAGUACAUCUUGAAACAAAUUGCUGUCAAUGUGACAGGCGAAACACCAGACGAUAACAUUAUUGAUGAAGCUGCUUCUGUGAUUUUAAAUGUGACAGAUGUUGUUCAAGAGUUAGUCCUUAAUUAUACCGACCCAGAUCAAGAAGAGGACGACAACUAUUCAGUAUCCUUCAGUACGCUUAAGGACUUAACGGACAGCGUCUCAAGUACGGGGCGGUCUGACUUUUGGGAGAACUACUUUCAGCAGUUAUUUGCGGAAACGAAUGUUACCAUAGAUCCCACAAAAGAUCGUCUGUAUGUCACGCAAACGGACGUGGCAUAUCUGAAAUCCGUAUUGAAGUACACCUACGAUACACCAGACUCACAUUUAGAAUUGUACAUGUGGUGGACCACCGUUUAUGCUAUGAUCAUUAGCACAUCUUCAGAAGUUGCUGAGUAUAUUAAUAAGCAGAUAGAUAAAGCUACUGGCUCUUCAGAAGGUGUUGUAAGGACUAGGUCCUUGGAGUGUGCACUGCUAGCGAAUAGCUACAUGGGCUACGCAGUCAGUUACGCGCUUGCAGAUCAGUCAUUUCCAAACAAUACUAAACCAAAAGUGGAAAGAAUGAUCAACGAGAUGAAACAAGCUUUUAUGAAUCACGUUUAUAAUAUCAAUUGGAUGGAUUGGGAAACAAAAAGAGUGACACUGGAGAAAUGCAAAGAGAUGAUUAGCUUCGUCGGGUAUCCCGAUUGGUUGUUCGAGGACGGAAAGUUGGAUGAGUACUAUGAGGAUGUAGAAAUACGUCCUGACAGAUUCCUUGUUAACAUGAUAAACAUAAUAAUUUCACAUAAUCUGAAGAAAAUGAACUCCUUGAGAAAGAUACAUAAGAGGGACUGGUAUGCAGAACCAAUAGAAGUCAAUGCCUAUAAUUCCUUCUCUGACAAUGCAAUCAAUGUUCCUAUGGCAAUACUGAAUUUUCCUAUGUAUAAUUUAGGAUUAGAGGUUUUGAACUACGGGUCUAUAGGGACUAUUUUAGGACAUGAACUGACCCAUGGAUUUGAUAAUAUGGGGAGGAAGCAUGAUAAGUAUGGCAACACUGUACAAUGGUGGAGUAACGCAACGAUUGAGACCUUCGAGAAGCUUACUGAGUGCUUUAUAAAACAAUACGAUAAUUUUACGUUUGAGGGCCUCGAAGAACAUGUGAAAGGAAAAGCUACGCUUGCAGAGAACUUAGCUGAUAAUGGUGGGAUACAUCAGGCUUACUCAGCAUAUAAGAGUCACUCCAAGAAAUAUGGAGUUGAACCUACGUUGCCUGGUUUCGAGGACUUCACCAACGAUCAACUAUUUUUUCUGGCAUAUGGAAGUAUUUGGUGCGAGACAAUCUCUCUGGAGGACCUCAAAGACCAAAUAGAGUACGAUGAACAUAGUCCAAACCUAGUGAGGGUACUAGGUACGUUACAAAAUUCGGAAGACUUUGCCCGAGCGUUUCAUUGUCCUGAAGGAAGUUAUAUGAAUCCUAGAAGCAAAUGCAAGAUUUGGUGAUCUUUGUGAUACGUAUUUUGUUGUAUGUUUAAUCGUGUGAUAAAUAAAUAUUCGAC